AUGACUUCUGUCGCACGGGCUGGACACUUGGCCCCAUAUUUCAAGGCUACUUCUCAGGUAGUCGCAAACGGCUUGAAACCCGUUAUUGCAGUACCCACUCCAGUUGACAAGUUGGUCGCGCAACCCUUACCUAAGACUUCAACUGUGCAAUCUUUACAUGGAGCCCUUCCAAUUCAGGGUUUGAAAGUUAAGCAUAGUACUUGUGUGCCAAGUCAAGUGCGUUUCGCUCAUUCGGAUAUCGCGUAUCCCGACUUCUCAGCUUAUCGUCGUAAGGAUACGCUGGACCCGAAAUCAAAGGCCAAGGAAAAUGUCGAUACCCGCAACUCAUUCACCUAUCUUAUUGCUGGAGCUGGUAGCGUGGCUGGUGCCUAUGCAGCAAAGUCAGUCGUAACUCAGUUCGUAUCUUCGAUGGCAGCGGCCGCCGACGUCUUGGCCUUAGCCAAGAUUGAAAUCAAGCUGGGUGAAAUUCCUGAGGGCAAGUCUGUCACCUUCAAGUGGCGCGGCAAACCACUGUUCAUUCGCCACAGGACACAAGAAGAGAUUGCCGCAGAGAAGGCAGUCCCAAUAGAUGAACUCCGCGAUCCGCAGAGUGACGAACAGCGUACUCAAAACCCGGAAUGGCUGGUGGUUAUCGGUGUAUGCACACAUUUAGGUUGCGUACCAGUUGCCAAUGCUGGUGAUUUCGGAGGAUACUACUGCCCAUGCCACGGUUCUCACUAUGACGCGUCAGGUCGUAUUCGCAAAGGUCCCGCACCACUUAACCUUGAAGUUCCUCCAUACAGCUUCCUCGAAGAAGGCGUGUUAGUCGUAGGUUAA